AUGGUUAGUAAAAAUAAGCAAAAACAAAAAGCAAGAAAACGGCAACGUUCGGAGACGAAAACGACCGAUGAUCUUGAGGUUUUGUUAAUUUUAUCGGGUUUCUCAUCAUUAUCCAUUCUGUUUGAGGUGAUUGAAGUGACGAAACAAAGGAAAGUUGCUCAAGAUGUGAAAGUCAUCGAAGUUGCUCCGAAAAAAGAAGAAUUUGUUGUGUCUGGUGAUUUUAAUGAAGAAGUUUUGUGAGAAUUUUGGGAUUUCAGACGAAUCUACGAGUAUUCUGCCUACACGGGAAGUGCUAGUGGCUCAGUUAGUUGCAGCCUUGAAUAAUAAAAAUUUCGCCAUUGUUGAGGUGAGAAAAAUAAGGAUGGAUUUUGAAAUGAUAAUUUUUUAAGGGUCCUCUCGGUUCGGGAAAGACAUUUUUAGUUUCUCAUGCUUCGAAAAGCCUUUCUUUGCCGAUGAAUGUGAUGCAAAUGGGUGAUCAGAUUGAUUCGAAGGUGAGGGGAAAUAAAUAUUGGAAAUUUAUUUGUUUUUAAGACACUUUUUGGUUGUUAUCAUUGCACGGAAGUGGCUGGCCAAUUUGUUUGGAAGCCUUCAAAGUUUGCCGAGGUUAGUAUUUUAUAUCUUUUCAGUUGAUUUUAAGAUAAUUCCUGAUAAAAUGAUGAAAAAAUGCAUUUCCUAAUCAACUUUCAUUAUUUUUUCGUUCAAAAAUUGUAUUUUUAUAUACCGUUAUCAAAAUCAUUUCCGCGAAAUUCAAAAUUAUCUCUAACUCUCCAAAAUUUAGUUAUAUUUUCUUUCUCUGAUGGCUAUUUUGGAUUUUUGCGGAUCAUUGUGAAUACGACAGUAGAAAAAUGUUUCAAUUUUUGGGUUUUUUUGAAGAUUUUACAUUGAGUUUUUUUCAAAAUAGGAUGUUUUUAUUCGAUUUUCUAUUUCAAAUCGCGAAUUUCUCUACAUUUUUUGCUAAAAUUUCGAGUUUUUCAUCAUUUGUUCCAUAAUUUUUUUUUCUCCAGUGGCUCAAAAUUCCAUGCGUGAUUCUCCUGGAAGACGUCGACACGGCCAACGCCGACGUCAUUUCACAAAUAGUCGGAAUCAGCGCUUCGAGAAAUUUUUGGAAAUUCCCGGGAAUUUUUUUCCAUAAAGAUGUUCGAAUCGUGGCAACGAUUUCGUUAGUAGAAAUCUGAUUUUAUUUCAAAAAAAUAGUAAUUUUUUUAGAGGAAAAAGGGAAGAAAAAAACGUGGUUUUGGACGGAGUUCCGGUGAAAAUCCGUCUCGGCGCUUUGACCGAUGAGGAAUUGAAGCGAUUGGCUUCCAAGGUAACAAACAUUCCUGUUUCAUAAUAAAUAUAUUUCUUAAACAGGCGAAUUUCUGUAUUUUUGAGAUUGUAUGUUUCCAUAUGGAACUUCAAAAUUAAGGAAGAGAAUUACUUGAAAUCAAGAAUUUCUGUGACAAAACUCAUUUAUUCAGCUCAAAAGUAGAAAAAAAAACGUGAAAAAUUCUCAAAAUCUAUCAGAUUUCUUCGAUUUCCAGGCUUUCCCCCGGAUUUCCCACCUCUCAAAGUCGCUGAUUUCCAUCUUCCGUUCUGUGGAAACGGCUCCCGGAACUUCCAAUUCUCGUCAUCUCACAUCGACGUAAAUAUGCAGAAAUAGGCUCAUGGCUGAUUUUUUUGCGCCGGACUAAAAAUAACUUCGCAAAAAGGCAUUGUAAAACACGGGGCGUGUUGAUUAGAUCUGGGAAAAUUUUUAGUGGCCACUAUAGGGUUUUGACGUUUCAGUGUCCACUAUAGUAGUCGAAUUAGUGGCCAUUUAAGGGGUUAAAAAUUAAUGGCCACUUUAGGGGUCAAUGGAUCAACAUAACUGGUCGAAUCUGUUUGUUUUAAAAUUAUCAGAGUCUCUGGAAGGAAAAACUACUGAAGUGGCCACUAAAACGGAAAAUAGUGUCCACUAUAGAGGUGGGUUUAGUGGCCACUUAAGUGUCCUCUCCGAGUAGUUCUUGGCGAGCCUCGAUAGUGGCCACUAGAAAUUUGCCCAGUAAACUUGGAGGUUUUUGGAAGAACAACUGAAAGAAAUUGAAGGGGUUGUAAAAUAACCCCCUAUAGAGGUCCCUUGAACAAUGCGCCUUGCUUCGAAACAGUAAUAAGAUCGUUUCUGAGAAAUUUUGUCGCGCUUCGAAAAUUUUUCGCCUUAUCGAAACGCCAAAAUCAUUCGAGCCUUUCCAAGCGCGACCUCGCUUUUUUCCGAUUCAAAAAAAAAAAAAAUGUUUUUCAGCGAUUUCCUGCGCGGAUGUGCCCGCUUGGAGAAGCUCCAAGAUAUUUCUUCGAAUUUGAAGAUUUUCGCCGAACUCGUCGAUGUCUGGUGCUUGGCCGAUCCGAAAGAUCGAUCUCAGGAAUUGUGCAAAAAAGUUUUUAUUCCCUUCUUGGUUCAUAAUUAACAUGAAUGAAGACCAAAAAAGGAAAUUAAUUAAAAAUGAUGGAAACUGAGAACUUUUAAAAGAGUUUUCUUUCAUAUCAAAAAAAGUUUCACUGAAUGUUUUCAAAAAUUCAAAAAAAGUGUUCGUUUCAUGUUUAACUAUAAAUUGAUGCUUUCGCAUUUUUUUCCAGGUUUUUGAAGUUUUUUUAAGGACAGUAGUUGGAUUAAAAUAAAUGCAUUGAGGCGAUUUUUUUGUUGGGAUCAAAUUCGGGGGGCAGAAAGUUAGAGACGAAAUUUUUUUAGAUUCAGGGGGAAGCAAAAAAAUUAAACACGAAAUUUUCAAAAAGUUUAUCGAAUUGAUUAUUUUCCAGUUCUCAUAUUACUUGAUUGAGAAUCUGUAAGGUGGAUUAAACGCCCAAAUUUGGUGAUUUUCUCAAAGAAAAUACGGAAAUUGAGGUGGCGAACGCCCUGUCGAUGACGGAAGAUCAGGUGAAUUUCCAUUUGUCGGUCCGACAGCCGGAUAUUUCCCACGACGACCGAUCCGUGGCCAUCGGAAGAGGGAAUUUAACCAAGAAAAUCUCGUUUUCCAGGGGUUCCCGGCAUCGGUUGGGCCAUACCAGGUGAUUAAUGAGAAGAUUUUGUCGAUAAAUUUAGAAAAAAAUCAUUAUUUUGAAAAAAAGAAGGUCGAAUUUCCAGAGACGUUGUCCAGCUCAUGGAGCGAAUCGCUGUCAGCGUUCAGGUAAAAAUCAAUUUCGAAAUUAUUCAAUAUUUUCUGGUCGAUUCUAGAAAGUUGGAAAAGGUGUUUGUAAUAAACUUAGAUAAUAUUUUUUUGUGACUUGUCAAAAAUUAAUUUUUUUGCUUUUUUUGAAAAAAAUCUGAAAAAUUUGUGCUCUUUUAUAUCGAUUUUCACUACUUUUUAAAAAAACGAAAUUUUUUUCGAAAAUUAGAUUUUUUUAACUGAAAAAAAGGCCCUGUUUAGUCUCCAGAUUGAAAUCAGAUAUCAGUUCAAAAAAAUAAAUAUUACUUUAAUAAGGAAAAAAACUGCGUAAAAUGUCAAUUUCAAAAAAAUCGAAUGGAAUAACUUGUUCAUUUUUGUUACCCUAGCGGGGGAGUUUUUAUGGGAAAUCUGUGAACUCAACACGAUUUUUCGCAAAUAAAGCUCUUUUUUUCCAUUAAUAAGAUUUUUCUUCACAGUGUAGAUACGCUUUUUAUUUCCCCAAAGAUGCAUUUUUUUUUCCCUACAAUCAGGCAUUUUUUUUUGAAAAUAAUCUUCUUUUUUACAAAUAAGUUAUUUUUCCUCUUAUUUACGCUUUUUUCAGCUUUAAACUCGAUUUUUCACUAUUUCCCUUCCCCAUUAAUGAUUUUUUUUUUUGCCUUGAAUACGCAUUUUUUUCUUGAAUACAGUUUUUUCAGCUUUAAACUCGAUUUUUCAUCAUCAGUAACGCUGUAUUUUCAUAAAACACUUUUUUUUUUACCACAACCAAGUUAUUUUUCCUCUCAAAUACGCUUUUUUUUUGAACAAUUGAGCUUUUUCUUUUAAUAUCAGCUUUUUCUAGGCCCGAGAAUCGGUUCUGCUUGUCGGCGAGACGGGUGUCGGAAAGACUUCUGUGGUCCAAGCGGUCGCCGAUCUGAUCGGCGCCACUCUUUCCGUCGUCAAUUUGAGCCCGACUUCCGAUUCCGAUGAACUUAUCCAAGGGUUUCUCAGGAAAAAUCAAAAGAAAGUCCAAGAAAAUCAUUUUAGUUACAAGCCGACGACGAUUGGACAGAUCCUGGAGCCUUUCACCAAGUUUUAUUUGGAAGUUUUCGGGUCGCAUUUCGAUUUGAAGAAGAACUCGAAGUUCAUUGAAAAUAUUGAGGUCGGAAAGGGGAGAUAAAGAAAAAUUUCCUUGUUUUAUAGAUUAUUAAUUGUAUUGUUAAUAAAUCAGAUUUAUUUUUCGAGUUUUUCGAAUUUUCUGAUAUUCUAGGUUGAAUAUGGAGCUUUUCUCAAAAUUUCAAGUUUAAGUGUAAUUUUUUUCGAACUUAAUAUUUAAUAUUAAAUUUUGGAUUCGUACACAAAAGAUUUAUUUAGAAAUUUUAGUCAGACUUUAGUUUUUUUGAAAAAAAUAAUUCGAUCUCAAUUUUUUUGAAUUUUUUUCAGUUGAAUAAGUAUAAUUUCAAGAGAAGGGGAAUGAAUUAUAUGCAAAAAGAAAAAAAAAAAAAGUUUUUAAAGGUUUUUUUAUUCCAGAUUAUUUCAUGAUUAGAGCGUGAAAUGUGAAAAUGAAACAGGAAGAUUGUAUUUUUUUAAAUUUUUUUAGGGUCCAGAUAUUGACCUCUUGAUAGUUAGGAAGGUCUUGAAAAAAAUUUGAAAUUUCAAGAAAUUCUGAUUUUUUUCACAUUUUCCAAGGUUUUUUUCUUCAGUGAUUCUUACCUAAUUUCUAGAUUUUUAUGUUGAAAAUUUUGGGCAGAAUGAGAUUUUCAAUUUAUGAAAUCAUAAAUAAACUUUUAAAAGCUGUUUUUAUAAAUUCGGCUGUAUAGAAUUUCAAGAAAUUCAUCGGAAAAUUGCAGAAAUGCCUGUCAUCUGGCCGAUUCCGCGACUAUCUUUCGGUCGUUGAAACGACGGCCAACAAGGCCCUCAACAAUAAAUCGUCGAAAAAGGUUUCUGGAGCUAAUUUCAGAAGAAAAAUCGUUUAUUUUAGGAUGAAAGAUGGGCCGAGCUUUUGGUCAGGGCGAGAAGAAUUCGCGACGGUCUCGACAAAGGAGCUUCUCCCUUUGCUCUUCAGAAAGGAGCUGUCCUGGAAGCGGCCCAGAAAGGACAUUGGCUACUGGUGGAUGAGGUAUGAAGCGCGCUCAGGAAAGAUACCGACACAAGCCCCCCUUUGUACUAUCUAAAUGACUUUGAAAGCCGCUGCAAAGCUUUCAAACUUCAUUCAGCUUUUUUGAACCUUUUGCCUUUCAAAUUAAUGAACAAUAUUGAAGUCCUGACCGCCUGAAACGGCUAAAACACAGUGUUCCCAAACGAGCGGCAGCUGUGGUCAGUAGGCGUGGCUGACUGCAACAGCGGCACGGUUUAUUGCAAUAGGGGCGCGGGAAUGAGAGUCAAGUUUUGUGGAUUUAGUGGUUGGAAAAAGACCAUUAAAUGAUGUUUUUCCUAGGUUCUCGCAAGUUUUCAAAGAUUUUUUUAAUGUGUAUUAAAUUAUAACGAACAAAUUUAAAUGAAAAAAAGAGACGAAAAAAAGUUUUUUUGCAAAAACAAAAUAUCUCCCAAAAAUGUCGUUUUUUUAGGAAAAACUCGUCAAAUCGAACUUCCAAAGGGAAAAAUUGAGAAAAAAAGCUCAAAGCACUUCUCUUAAGAAAUACCAUUUGAACGUUUUAAAAACAAAAAAACAGAUACAUAAUAGCUUGUACGAAUGAAGUUGUCACCCAAAAAUGACAUUUUCAAGAAUAAAUUCGUCGAAUACUGCCUCGAAAAAAUUUUUGAGAAAAAAAUCUCACAUCGUUUCUACUAAGAAAGUCUAUUUGAAAAUUCUAAAACAAAAAAACAAACGAAAUAUCUUAUGCGAAAUAAGUUGUCAUCAAAAAUGUCAUUUUAAUGCAAAAUUCUGUGACGAGAACAAUCGAAAAUCACUUCAAAUCUCUGGAAACGCGAUAAACACGUUUUAAGAACACAUACAGCGUGAAAAAAUACGAAAGAAUGGUAAAAUACGCAAGAAAAAGAGAAAAACCCGUAUUAAAAGUGAAUGAAAUUUUGUAGGGGUGACACGCGCCGCACCGCGUUGCGUUAGAAAAAACUCGCGUUUUCGCCCCAUUGCGACGACCUUUUUUUCGCUUGCCGCCGUCUCUUUUGGAACACUGUGAAAAAUUGAAGUCUUGAAAUUGGAAAAGCGAAUUUUCUUACAUUUUAACGUUUGAAGUUAAGGCGUGUUGAUUUUUAACGUGAAAAACUCUAAAUUUUUUGAAUUUUUUUUUGCUGACCUAAAAUUUUGUCAGAUUUUAGAAUUUUCAAUAUUUUUAAAACUUCCUGUAUCAUUUAUUUUUCAAAAUACUGGCAAAUUUUGAGCUUCUUGGAAAGAGCCGGUCCCGUUUCAUGAGGGAAAAAACAACCCUUUGAAAACAGAAAACAAUUGUUUUUUUAUUUCAAACAACUUGCUCGACUUUUAAAGGAGCAUAGGCAAAACUUUCGUAUAUAUCGAGACGAAAAGGAUUUUAUUGUCAUGUUCUGUUCCAAAAAGAAGCGAGUUCUGAACAGAAUAUGUAACAAAAAUCAUUUCAGAUCAACCUGGCCCCUCCGGAAUGCCUCGACGCCAUCGUCCACGCCAUUUCGGCCCCAGAUACCCAUUCCGAUUUCCGACUCUUCGCCUGUAUGAAUCCCGCAACGGAUGCCGGGAAAAGAAGACUGCCCGCCGGAGUCAGAACGAGGUCUCCUUGAAACGAAAACCCCCUCAAGUGGCUCCUUUCUUGAAGAUUCUCCGAGAUUUUCGUCUCCGAAACCUCGGAUCCGCACCAAUUGGCGUUGAUCGUCUCGGCCUAUCUGCCCUCCAUGAGAUCUUCGGCCGUCGAGAAUUUGGUCAACUUUUAUCUGGCCGCCAAACAACAGUAUCCGGCUAGUUAUAGGUGAAUUUUUGGGGAUCCAGCUAAAAUUGAAGUUGAAAUUCUGAGAAAUAUCAAUUUUUCAUGCUGAUUGAGAAAAUGAGGGUAUUUUCCAGGGGCCACUUUAGUAGCCAAAUAAGUUUUAGGGUGUAAUUUAUCGAGCUACUUGAGAACAAUGCGAAAACUUUAAGUGGCCACUUUAGGGAUCAAAGCAACAUUAUCCGGCUAGUUAUAGGUGAAAAUUUGGGAAGAAGUUUUUAGAAAAUGGUCUGAAGUCAAAAUUAGACUUUUCAAUCAAUAAAUCAAUAUUUUAUUUUGUUUUUUUCGUUCAUAAAUGCAUUCUGAGAAAGGAUAAGGCGUUGAAUGUCAUUUUUCAUGCUGAGUAAGAGUACUGCGAUAACUUAUAAGUGGCCAUUUUAGGGUUUGGACGUUUUGUUUUUCUAUAGUAGUCGAAAUAAGUGGCCACUUAAGAGGCUAAGAUCGUGGAAGUCGCAGAAAAACUGCGAGAAAAAUUUAGGAAUAUUUGAAAAGGCAGUUUUUUUAUAAUUAGCUAGUCUCUUGGCCGCGAAAAACCGCAUUUUUCAGAAAAAUAUAUUUUUAAGGCCUUUUUGAAGCUUUCCAUGAAAAAUUGAGGUUAUCAGGCUCCAUUCUUAUACAUACUAAUGGAUAUUUGAAAUAUAUGCAAUACUGCCUUCUUUUUUUAAAGACCUAUAGGAAAGUUUCAGGAACAAAACUUUGAAAUCGGCUAAAAAAAUGAUAGUUUUUUUAUUUUUUUAUGAAAAAAAAUUUUUUGACCUUCCGAUUUGUCGAAUUUAUAAAGCUUUGUUUUUAUCCAGAUAUCCAAUUUUUAUUCAAAAAAAUAACCGUUUUUCAAAAAAAUGUUUUUACCAAAUUUGAAAUCAGCUUCGAAACAGGAAUUUUCCUCUCAUUCAGAAGCCUUACUGAGGUUCUAGACCGUUCCCAAAACGUUUUCUAGCCAAUAAACUACAUUUUAAUUCAAUUAAUAUCUUUAGUUUACGAACACUUUGCCGAGCUCUGCUCUUCACAGCUGAUAACUUAUUCGGAAGCGAAGAUCGGUCACUUUAUGAGGCGGUUCGUGACUUUUCUAUCCUUUCUUCUUCAGAUUUUGCUUCCAAAUGAUCAUCUACAACUUCCAGGUCAACAUGGCGUUCCUCACCAACCUCGACAUCGACGAGAAAACAACGAUGAGUGCAAAAAUCGCGGCGAAAUUCCGCGUCGCGACCAAUAUUCCCCUGCCGACGCCGACGAAUUCUGAAGAUUUUGUCAAAGUCGGCGGGUAUUGGAUCGAAAAAGGCGAGGAAACGCCGAGGGAAGACGUCAAGUACGUCGUCACCAAGACGGUCAACCAGAACCUCGGCGAAAUCGCGAGGAUCGUCUGCAGUGGAAGGUUCGUUCGGGCCUCACACAAACGGGAUCCCCCCUUUUCGGGGUGCGGCCUAACUUCCUCAAACUGCGGUCUAGCCCCCCCUCCCCCUUCCCCAAAAGCGCCGCCUACCCCCCGAAAAAGUGCGGCCUAUGCGCUCUAUCGAUAAAGAUAUUCGACUUGAAGAAAAUUCGAGUUUUUGGGCCGCCCAUUUUUUUUGAGGCUUCCUGAACUUAGAAAAUGGCCGGGGGGAGCAGGAGCCAACCCUCACACAAGCCUGGACCGCGGUCACGAUAAAUGGACGUUUCUGAGAGAUUCUAGGGAUCACUUAAGAUUUCUGACGCUACUGAAGUUGUCACUAGGAAUGCUUACAAACGUCCAAAUCGCGUUGCGUAAAAAGGAGGAAGCAUUGCAUCUUUUCCUGUCUCUGAAAAGUUUUUUGGGUGGAGUUGAACAUUUCUCAUUUUUCUCUAUUGAAUCUAGCUCUGCUCAAAGAUCAAAUUCGUUUUGAAAAAUUUUUAAAAAUUGUUGAAAAGGAUUAAUUUCAGAUUCCCUAUCCUACUCGAAGGAGAAACAUCGGCCGGAAAGACCUCGAUCGUUUGUCAUUUGGCGAAAAUAACUGGACACAAGAUCGUUCGCAUCAAUAAUCAUGAGCAUACCGACGUCCAGGAGUUCGUUUUGAAGAAUAAAUUGAAGAUUUUUUUCCAAGAAUGAAGCAAAAAAAAAGUAAACUAUGAUAAAAAUAAUAAUGAAAAAAAGCAAAAAUUUUUGAGGGAGAAGAUCAAAAAAAAAGUUCAAAAAAGUUUUGGUGGGUUUUUUUUUUAGCCAGAUCCAAUCUAUAACUUAUUGCAAGUCACUGAUCCUCGGAGAAUGAAAAAAAUUCAAAAAAAUCAAAAAUUCAUAGAUGACUUAAGAUACAUGGGCUCCUACGUGGCAGAUUCUGGAGGCCGAUUGGUUUUCCGAGAAGGAGCUCUGGUCCGAGCUGUCAGAGAAGGCGCCUGGGUCAUUCUCGACGAGUUGAACUUGGCCCCGACUGACGUCAUCGAAGCUCUCAAUCGGGUAUUUAAUAAAAAGAGUUUUAUAAAUUGUUUGAAAGUUUCAAAUAUCACAGAAUAUCCUUUCUCGCUGUCUCUUCUUCUUCUUCUUCCUACGCCUUUGAACCAGAAAUUCUCUUUGCAAAUUGAUUUUUUAUUCGAAAAUCGUCAUGAAACCCUAUCUCAAGCUAGUGUUGAACUAACUAUGGAUAGACCUUUUCUUGCAAUUCUUCCUGAGUUAGAGCCAAAAUUACCUCCAUGAAGUUGAAAAUCGGCUCUUCUUGCCAAAAUUUUGCUUCGAAACUUCUUUUUCACCGCCUAGUCGAUUAGAUGUAUGCCUGGAACAGAAAAUGAAAAUUUUUGAUUGUCUGAUUCAACACUGCCCUGCCCAUAAGGUUAAAAGUCAUGUUUAUUCCUUUUUUUCGAACUUUGGGAAAAAAAAAUCCUUCUUCAUGGAUUAAUCGAGUUUUGUAAUUGUUCAUGUACGAUAAUAAUAGAAAAAAGGUCGAAAAACGAUGUUGCAAAGGAGUUUUUCAAGCUUCAGUUUUUUCAGAAUUUUUGUUUUAAAGAUGGAGUUUACUGGUAACUAGAUGGUCCUCAUCAUACGUCGGCUGGAACCCACCCCGGGGUACCCCCCUCAAAUUGCGGCCCACCCCUAGGAAAGUGCGGCCCACUUCAGUACAUUUUCAAAUUUUUUUUUUGCGCGCAAAAGGCUGGGGUGGGACCUAGCCGGCGUAUGAUCCUCAUUGAAUAAAACAAACUUCAAAAAAUGAAUUUUUUCAUCAUUUUCAGAUCUUUUUUGCAGAAAAAGUUCAAAAAAAGAAAAAUUUUAAGUUGAUCAUUUUGAAGUAUUUUUUGCUCCAAAAAAAUGAAUUUACUAUAACUAAUUGAAUAAUACAAGCUGAUAAGCUGAUUUCCAGCUUCUCGACGACAAUCGCGAGCUUUUCGUCCCAGAAAUCAAUGAAACGAUCAAAGCGCACAGGAAAUUCCGCCUCUUCGCCACACAAAAUCCGGCUGGAACUUAUUCUGGAAGGUUCUUGGGAAGAUCUAGCAAGGUAAUCACGAAAAAUGAAUUUCAGAAAGAAGCUCUCGAGGGCUCUUUUGUCCAGAUUCAUCGUUCUUCGGUUCCAUCACCUGCCAAUGGAUGAAUUGUCUGAAAUGGUAGGGUUUUUGGGCUGCUUCUUGGCUGGAAAAAUCGAAAAAAAUUAUGAAGUUUUAUAGAGGAGAAAAAUAUUUAUUAGAAAGGAAAAAAAUGAGUUUUUUUCAAGUUUCAGAAAGGAAAUUUCAGGAUUUUUAGAAGAAAUUAUGUCCAGAAAUAUGAAAAAAUUUGUUUUUUUCAAGGAUUUUUUCUUUCAAGAUAGAUCAAUUUACUAUAAAAAACAGUAAGUACCCCAAAAAUCUUCAAAAAACGUUGAAUUUUGAACCAUUUUUCAAAGAAAAAAUCAACGAAAAUCUCGAAAAUAACUUUUUUUUUAAUGGGAUUUUUUUUUAGGAAAUCUUUAGGUUUUUUAAGAUUUGCAAAACAAAAUAUGAAGGGGGCGGAGCCAAAACUCCGCCGUUCUCAUGUGCCGUCAUGGGAAACAAGCGUAGGGUUAAAGGCGCAUGUUCAAUGGGUCAUGAGACGAAUCUAUUUCUCCUUUUAGAAAAACGCAAUUUUUCUGUUUUUUUUUUUGUUUUAAAACACAUGCCGUGAUGAGAGUAAUUCCGCGUAAUUCAAAAUAGCCACCAGAGAAAGAAAAAGAUAACUGCAUUUUGGAAAAUUUGAGAAGAUUCCGAAUAUUUCGCGAAAAUAACUUUUAACGUGGCGUGUGCGAGAGCGCCGAGGUGCAUGCACACGACACACUAAGCUUUACGGAAAAAAUAUGGGCGGGGCGACACUAAGAAUAACUGCCGAGAUAAACGCGAGACACUGGCGGUACAUUGACGAGCUCGCAAACAUCUCGCAUUUUUUCUCGCGCCGGUCUCGCUUUUUUCUGGGCGCCAGCUCGCACUUUUCUAGGCGCGAGCUCGCAUUUCUCUCGCAAUUUGAAAAUUUCCGAAAUGCAAUAUAAAUGCGAGGUCGCGCCUAGAAAAAAGCGACAUGUUUGCGAGUUCGUCAAUGUACCGCCACCGACCUCGCGUUCAUCUCGUCAGUUAUUCUUGGUGGUCGUCGAAAAAAUGCCGUGUUGCGAUAUUUUUUGAAUUGGUGCCGGUACGCAUCGCACAAUAGCCGCAUAUUUUAGUCGAGAAAAAUGAGUCAAACAAUUUUAAAUCCAAUUUUCAGGUCUGUACAAGAUGCGACGUUCCUCCAUCGGCCGCGAAGAAAAUGAUCGACGUUUUGUCGGAACUGAGGAUCAAAAGAAGUCUGAGUGGACUUUUCUCGGCUCGCGACGGUCUGAUGACCCUCCGAGACGUCUUCCGAUGGGCCAAGAGACUGGCCACUGACGAGACUUGUGACGAUUGGCUUCAGGUCUUUACAGAGAAUCGUUCGAAAGAAAAAUUGAAUUUAAAAUGGGAAAUAUGGAUUUUUGGAAAUUAACGUUGAUAUGGUGGUCUGGAAUGAGGGGGGCUAAUUCCGAUAAGGGUUCCAAUUCUUAUUCCAAAGUUAGGGGGGACUUUGAAGAUUUAAUAGGCAUUCUAGAUUAGUCUGUGCGGACCUUGUUCGGGCGUGGUGAGGGAUGGGAGGGGGGGAUUCUGAAAUUUUUUUCCGAAAUAUUUUUUUAAGAUCUUGAAUGAAAAAUAGAGAAUUUUUUUCAAAAAUAUUGAUGACUUUUUACGUUGCUAAACUACUACAGGUUCUCGUGAACCACGGCUAUUUCCUGUUGGCUGGACGUUGUCGAAAUGCCAAAGAUGAACAAACCGUCGUUGAAACUCUGCAGAAGAUCAUUCGAAGGGAUAUCGAUGUAAUUUUUUAUUCUAUGGCUUGAAAUCCUUGAUUUUUUUUUUAGAAGGAAAAGCUUUUCGCCAUGAAUUCGCUGUAUAUGCCGAAAGAUAUCGACACGAAAAAUAUCGUCUUGACUACCGGUAUGAGAAGAAUGCUGGUUUUCACGGAACAGGUGGGAAAAUGGCUCGAAAAUAGCUUGAGAAUGGAAAAUUUGGCUUGAAUUUUUGAAUAAUUCGUUAUUUUUUGUUGAAAUUUGACGUUUUCUCUUGAAAAAGCGAAAUAAAUAGUCAGCUUAGCUUAAGAACCCAGAAAUGGUCCUUUAAGAGGCAUUUUUUAGGACCCUUGAAGGUUCCAUUUAGGGGCGACCCUAUCUCCCCCUAGAGAGGAAGGGGGGCUAAUGCUUGUAAAAGUGGGCACUAUAGGGGUUUAUUAAGGUCCGGUUCUUAAAAAUUGGGAAAAAAUUCCGAAAUCAAAAGAAGUUUUGAGGCUUGGCUCCGAAAUGAAGCCGUGCUCCUGGUCGGUGAAACUGGCGGCGGUAAAACUUCGCUGGCCGAAGUCGUUGGGCGAGGAAAGCUGAGGAGUAUCAACUGUCACGAAAGAACCGAGACGGCGGACCUUCUCGGAAGAUUGAGACCCAAACAGGAUGGAGGGUAA